UUUUUGCAGGGGAGAAGAAAGAAUUUGAUUGGAAUGCUCUAAUGUAAAUAUUGUUCAGAGCAAAUUAUGUUUAUGGAAAUCUUUUCUUAAGCUCUUAUCCUUGCAUAUUAUCACAGGAAGAUUUAUUGUUUCAUUUGAGCUUUUGACAAGAAUUCCAUUUUUAUCCCCCCAUGGAAGGUAGAAGAGAUGCAGCUGAUGUCCAAGAAAAUGGAGAAAACAAGAAACAACAUGAAGUCAAGAAGGAACAAGACGAGAAGAAAGAGGAAGACAUCAACAACAACAACAAUAAAGAUGAUCAGUACUCAUCAUCGUCAUCACCAAGAGGAGUUUUAGAGACUCCCCCAUUGGGUUCGUCGGAUUCAGACAAUAGCAGCAUCAGCAGCAGUGAUGAUAGGAGCAGCAAUUUUGCAUCAUCACCUUCAGGGGAAUUAAGUCAAGGUGUUUAUUGGAAAAAUAUUUUUGAUCAAAUAAAAAGAAGGUCGAUGAGAAGAUUGUCAAGUAUACCAUUAUUAGGAUAUGAGAUGAUUUUACCAAAAAAUAUAAGAAGGAUUUUGUCCAAGAAUAGAAGUGCUGAAGAAGAGGCUAAUGAUUCUGAUGAUAUUCCUAAGCCUUCUUGGAGGAAUUUUAGCUAUGGGGAACUUGUUGAAGCAACCGAUAAUUUCAGUCCAGACAAGUUGAUUGGGCAAGGGGGACAUGCAGAUGUGUACAAAGGACGUUUAUCUGAUGGUCAAGUAGUCGCAGUAAAGAAAAUAACUAAGCAAGAGAAGAACGACGAGGACAAAGUUGAUGAUUUCUUAUCUGAGCUAGGAAUUAUUGCUCACAUUAACCAUCCUAAUGCUGCUAAGUUAAUAGGUUAUAGUUCUGAUGGCGGUUUAUACCUUGUUCUUCAGUACUUACACCAUGGAAGUCUCGGUUCCUUAAUACAUGGUUCCGAAGAGAGACUUGAUUGGGAUAUAAGAUAUAAAGUUGCUGCUGGUAUUGCCGAAGGAUUGCUUUAUCUUCAUUGUGAAUGUCCAAAGCGCAUAAUCCAUAGAGAUAUUACUGCCUCAAACAUAUUACUAACUGAAGAUUAUGAACCUCAGAUUUCUGAUUUUGGACUAGCAAAGUGGCUGCCAGAAAAAUGGGUUCAUCAUGUUGUUUCUCCCAUUGAAGGAACUUUUGGAUAUAUGGCUCCAGAGUACUUUAUGCAUGGAAUUGUUAAUGAAAAGACAGACGUAUUUGCCUUUGGAGUUCUAUUACUGGAGCUUAUUACUGGUCGUCGUGCAGUUGAUUCAUAUAGAAAGAGCCUUGUGUUGUGGGCAAAACCGUUGUUGCAAAAGAACAAUAUCAAGGAAAUAGCAGAUCCUCGUUUAGGUGAUGAUUAUGAUGUUGUUGAGAUGAAACGCGCCAUGUUUACAGCUUUAUGCUGCCUUCACCACUUGCCUGACAUUCGUCCGAACAUGAAAAAGGUUGUUCAGCUAUUGAGAGGCGAGAAUGCACCAGUAGAAAUGAAGCAGAGGUCAAUGGGAGGGAGAGCAUUGAUGUUUUCAGACGAAUAUACAAGCACACAUUAUCUCCAGGAUCUCAAUCGCCAUAUGGAGCUCGUUAUGGAGUAAUCUUCUUACACUUUUUUGUCGAACGCUAUCAAUCCUAGCUCUGCUUCUGCUGUGCUAUGUAUUCUAGAUAUUAUCCAUUUUGAUAUAUAAGCAUGUAAAAGCGAGAGGAGUUUGAGUCGAUGGCUGCUAAUUUUUGGUUGAAAUUUUCCGAGAUGCUGCCCCAUUUUAACGCAGAGAAUCAACAUCUAAAACUUUGAGUUUCUCUUUACGGAGCAGCACAAGUAAGGAACUGCAUUAAGUACAUUAUAACAUAUGAA